AUGGAUGCGCCUUACGAUUCACGUUUCCCGAAUAUUUUGCCAGCCGAUCAUCAGCCUAGCUGGCUCAUAGCUCGGUCCAAUCAUGUCCGCACUCUACACGGAGGUCCCUCGCUUACUCUCGCUACUAUGCGUCAACGGUUCAGGCCACUUCGAGGUCGUCAACUAGCUCGGCAAGUGGUACGCAAAUGCCCGACAAGCUUCCGGUGUCAACCACGGCUAGCACAGCAAAUCAUGGCUCCAUUACCUGCUGUACGCGUCAGGCCUGCUAGACCAUUUCUGUAUUCUGGGCUUGAUUACUGUGGGUCGUUUUUCGUACGUCCGUUGAGUGGACGGGGCUCAUCGGUCAAGAUUUACGUCGGUUUAUUCGUAUGUCUAGUGGUGAAGGCUGUGUACCUUGAACUUAUCGCCGAUCUGUCGUCGUCCGCUUGUAUUAACGCCGUCAAGCGAUUCGUGGCACGUCGCGGUCGGAUACUCGAACUGCAUUGCGAUUAUGCAACCGCAUUCGUCGGGGCGGAUCGCGAGCUUCGAAACAUGCGAAAGGAGUUUCUCCGUCAGUUUCAAACCGAGUACUGGAAAGGCUACUGUAUUGUAAACGGAAUCACGUUCCGUCAUAUUCCGGCCCGGUCUCCGCACUUCGGCGGAAUCUGGGAAGCUGGAAUCAAGUCGUUUAAGUUCCACUUCCAUCGCAUCAUGGGAACCGCUCGUUCAGCAUAG